AUGGGGAGCGCGGCGCCGGGGGGCGGCCCGUGGGUGCUGCGGGCGCUCACCGGGUGCCUGCUGGGCGCGCUGGUGCUGGGCACGCUGCUGGGCAACGCGCUCGUGUGCCUCGCCAUCCUGCGCUUCCGCCACCUCCGCAACAAGGUCACCAACUGGUUCGUGCUGUCACUGGCCAUCUCGGACCUCUGCGUGGCCCUUUUGGUGAUGCCCUGGAAGGCGGUCACUGAGGUGGCUGGAGGCUCCUGGCUCUUUGGCAGCCACUUUUGUGACACCUGGGUGGCCUUCGACAUCAUGUGCUCCACCGCCUCCAUCCUGCACCUCUGCAUCAUCAGCCUGGACCGGUACUGGGCCAUCGCCAGCCCCUUUCGCUAUGAGCGCAGGAUGACGCAGCGCCUCGCUUGUGCCAUGAUAGCCAUGGCCUGGGCUCUCUCCAUCCUCAUCUCCUUCAUCCCCGUGCAGCUGCACUGGCAUAAAGCCAAGGACAGUGGAGAUCCAGGCUCCUGGCUACCUGCGACACCCCGCUGCGAUGUCAGGUUGAACCGCACUUAUGCCAUCACCUCCUCCCUUAUCAGCUUCUACAUCCCGGUGGCCAUAAUGAUCAUCACCUACACCAGGAUCUACAGAAUUGCCCAGGCCCAGAUCCGCCGCAUCUCCACCCUUGAGAGAGCAGGAGGGCAGUGGCCAGGUCCUGGCAAGGAGCCCACAUCCUCUCUGCGGCGUUCCUUGCGCAAGGAGACCAGGGUGCUGCAGACCCUUUCUAUCAUAAUGGGAGUCUUUGUUUGCUGCUGGCUGCCCUUCUUCCUGCUGAACUGCCUGCUGCCUUUCUGCCAGCCCAGCCUCCAGGAGGACCCUGAAGGGCAGCCACUCUGUAUCGGCCAAACCACCUUCAACGUCUUUGUGUGGUUUGGCUGGGCCAACUCUUCACUGAAUCCAGUCAUCUAUGCUUUCAAUGCAGACUUCAGGAGGGCUUUCAGCAAUCUCUUGGGCUGCCAAUGCUGCUGCACACCUGAAUCCCCUGUGGAGAGGGUCAACUUCAGCAAUGAGCUGGUUUCCUAUCACCGUGACACCACCUGCCAGAAGGAAGGAGCUGUCCCAUCGUCAGUGCCUCCUGCUGCCACUACUGCCUGGGUGCAACCCGUGCCCCAUGCCAUAAACCUCCAGGGAGAGCACAGCAGUGAGGAGAUGUCUAUGGAGAAGAGGGCUGUGACUUCUCAGACUGCCCUUGGCAGCAGCCCCAGCAGUUGUCAAGUGCCAGCUAUUCUGCAAUUGGAUUGCAAGGCAAAGCCAUCCCUGUAAACUGCUGCCCCCUGUACAGGACUUGGUCAGUGUGAGGGACCCUCUUGUCUCAGAGGGAUGAGAGAUGAAUCACUUCUCACACACACAGCCACCGCACACGGAGAGUUCUCCCUGUCUCCAUGUAAGCUCCCCAGCAACAAAAGUCCCAUGCCAGAGGGAUGGGAAAACACUGCUCCUACCACACGGGAGGCAUAUGGAGUCCAUUCCAAAGGCACAUAGCUGCCACACAUUUACCUCUUCCCAUGGCCACCUUCACCCCUUACUCCCACAUAAGACAUCUCCCAUGCAUUUGUUCACCCCCGUUCUACAGUCAAAUUCAAGGUAUAUAUUAAGAAUAGUAGAUAAUUAGAUCAAAGUAAAAAAAGCUCAUAGUUCAGGCAGCCAAUCCCUUCAGAAAGUAGAAAUAUAGUAUGAUCCACAAAAUAAAGAGUGACCAGGUCAUCUCUGUCAACCCAUUUCACUACUUGCAAAUAUGAAGAUCAACACAAGGCAGAGCAAAUGAGUGUUGGAUGCAGGCAAGAGAAUACUGGGAAAACUAUGAUUGUUUCUAUCUGUGUGGAAGGGUUCAGCAGACAUUAAGGCAAUACAGUGGCAUCUCAUUGUCCUCUGUUUCUCUGUCCACUAAAAGGUUCUGCUGCUGGCCAUUUAUAAUAGAAUGCUCCACUCACCACCAUCCUUGUCCCAUUUUUUCUGUCCCUCACCUAUGAUGGAUUGCCUUUGAUUUUCAGGAAGAUGAUGGAGAUGCAACUGUCCAGAAAAAGACAUAAAGGAUGCUUACAAUGCAAGAGCUUUCUUGGGCAUUGUCUCACAGAUGGUACAAAUUCUACUUUUCAGAACAGUGAUCUGUGCUGAAAGGACAGCAGCAGCAAAGAGACUCUCCUCCCAGUGAUCCUGCUCCCUGUGAUUUUAAACCAGGUGUAGUUCUUAAAUCCCUGUAUGCAUUUUCCCCAUCAUUAGUUCCUAUGUGAAAAUAUGCUCAUGCUACCCUGCUCUUUUCAGGAAUGUGUCCUUGGGGAAUACUUGGGUGUGACUGCCAUCUGUUCUUGGGCUACAGAGGCAGGACAAGAGGUAAUGGGCUGUAAGGAAGACCAAGGCAAGACUUUGUAAAAGCUUUCUAAGAAUAAGGGUAAUUAAACACUGGAGUAGAUUGCCUAGGCAAAUGAUGACUUCUCUCUCAGUAAAAUGACUGUAAGCUUCUGUCAGAUAUGACAGUGACAAUGUUGAUCCUGCCUUGGGGCAGAGGCACAGAGUAAUGGUCUCUUGAGAUAAUUCUCUCUCUCUAGUCCUGCUUCACUAUGACAAUAUGUCUCCUUGAGAAGCAUUGAGCUUCAGAUGUUUGCCUGUGGGUUUUUUUGCAUGCAACUAUCCUUAGAUGUUUUAUUGUAGGCAAAAUAGUACAGAUAAGAACUUUGAGAUGUCAUUGGUGUACUUCCUUUCUUUUAGUGAUUAUCCAUGUUUCUGAGCAUUUCACUAUCAUUCAGCAUGCCUAGUGCCUCCUCUGGAGAGCAAGAGGUGAUCAUAUACGAACUGUACAUGGAUUCAGAUGUUAAAGAUUCUAUUUAUAUUUUCCUCAAUACAUUCUUUCUUCUUACACAAACCAGAAAUGCAUAACAAUGUCAGAGUCUAACUCCUUAAAACAAACAAACAAGCAAACAAACAAACACACAUUUCUAUCUUCAAGCUCUAAGAGACAUCUCAUUCCAUGCUCUCCACACUAAAACCCUCCUGGGGAGAUGCUGAUAAACCUGACAAGACACUGCCCUGCAGUGUGAGCUCCCAGCUGCCUGCCACCCUUGUGCUUCUGUUGCCCGAGCUUCAGCAGGCUCCAUCCCUCAGGGAGGGAACUGUCCCUGCCCUCACACCUUCCUGCUCAUGGGCAGGUACUCCUCUGGCAGUUGAGGUCACACAUGAAAUUACUAUGCACAGGAGAUAAUUUUUUUUUUUUUUUUUAGUAUGUGUACAGUCUCAUUAUUAGUGAUAAAAUAAGUUAAUGAAUGGAAGAGAAAGAUUUACCUUCUCCCAAGGUUUGUCCUGCUAUGGGAGCUGUCUCACCCAGGAAUUAGGCUGGAUUUACUAUUUAGAGUGAUGAUGAAAAUGGUGAAGGACAGAGUGGGUAGCAGAAAUUAAGCAAUGGAUAUAUUUGAAUAAUGUUUUCUCUUAAGAACAAUCAAAAAUGCAUGGUAGCUUCAAUCUAUGAAACUAUAUUUGUAUUAAGAAUAGAAAAAGCUAUUUCUGUCAGUGCUUGUGGUCAUAGUUCAAAUAUGCUUCAUUAAUAGAUCAGAUUGUACCUGAAAAUAAGUGUACAUUUUCCUGAAGAAAAACUCCUGGUCUUUACUGCAUCUUUUUAAAGUGACAACUU